AUGCUAAACUAUAGGUGUUUCGUUCUUGACACUUUCAUGACAAUACGUGAGACGAGUUGCGAGACGUAGCUUUCUGCAUUGUUUACUUUUUGUUUGGUUGUGUCGUUAUGGUUUCAUAUCAACUCGCUGAGGAAAACAACUGAAGAAAGAAAUAAGCAAAUAUAUAUUCGUGAAAAAUAGUGUACUAGAGCUGCAAUAAGAUGCCGUAUUAUUGUGCAGUAAAAGGAUGCGGAAACAAGGUCCGCAUAACGAAAAACAACCCGGACAUUGUUUACCACACUUUCCCCCGAGAUGGAGAUAGACUUCAUAAAUGGAUACUUUUCUGUGGCCAAUCGAAGGAUUGGAAGCCUCAGAAAAAUCAAGCGACCGCCGAUGUAAGUGAGAUUCUCUCCGAUCCAUUGGCGUCGCCAGUUGAAUCUGAGUUGCAGCUCCAGCAAGCACAAAGCUUGGAUUCAGAAUCUGAAAACCUGCUACUUGAUACCGUAUUUGUCCCAGAACCCGUGGCUUUGGAAGAAAAUGUUCCCUCGGUGGUGACCGAAGUCGUAGAGCCAGAGACUCCAGCUACAGUUGCGUCGGAUGCACCUGCUGCAUUCCAGCUAUCAGAAGCGCAUCCAGAUUUCCAAGCCCCGUAUCAAUACGAAACGCCCAAGAUUGAGCUCGAUUAUUUGGCCCCACCAGCUCCCACGGAAACCCCAACCGUCGAGUAUCUGCCACCGGUGCCAGUGGCUCAGACUGUGGCUAAGCGACAUGCCAGACUUAGAGUGCUGGUUUAACUGACAAAUUGAUUUGU